AUGAGUCCGGGGAAUGGUAUCAUUGGUAAACCGGAUAGGCCCGAUUCAACUGCGGAGAAGCCGGCUGCAUGCACAGUACCUAGUACCUCAGCUGGCGCAAAGAUGCUUUUCAGGCGGUACACGUCUAACUACCAGGAUACGCUUCCUGAUCCUGGGAAGAAUGCAGGGCCAGAUAGGUUAGACACACGACUGAGUAUUCCGAUCAUCUGCUCGGAAAAUUUCCACGGGGGAAAACACAAUCACGUUGCCGACGAAGUGUCUACUGUAGUAUUUCUCUCCCAGCGUCCUGCCCUGCAGGGGAAAGUACUUAAAGAUCCGGAGCAACCUAACAUUAUGUACAACAUCCCUACUGGAUGUCGAAAGUCUAGAUCAGCUUCCAUGGCUGGAUGCUGUUCUCAAAGAUCCUCUUCGAAUCUAUUCACCGCUGCUUUCGAGCCGCGGUCAAGUCUUGCAGGCGCCAUCAUCGAUAGCUGCAAGGCACGUAGCAUCGCAGGUUACUCGUUGCAUCCGAACGCAAGUAAUUUUCUCUCGAAGCUAUCGCGAUGGGUUCCACAUGACCUAUUGGAAGAACCCAGUGCCCCAGUCUUAGUGGAGAUGAAGACGUGGUAA